AUGUCAUUGACUAUGUCGAUUCAGAAAACGGGACUAGUGGCAGUAUAUCUAUUAGAUUCGUCUUGUUCUUGUGACGAGCAAGUGGUGUCAUUGAAGAAAAAUAUUCGGUACAUAAUUGAUUACGAUAAAACGUUCAAUACCGUUGAACCAUGUGAAGAGUUCGUACGUUCUGUUCGAUAUGAACGAAUCUUUCUAAUUGUUACUCCUAUACUAUUAACACGUGUUUUCCAAGAAAAUAUCCAUGAAAUUCGUCAUGUUCAAGAAAUUUUUAUUUUCGAUCCGCUCAAAACAAUCACCUGCAUCAAUAGUAUCAAGUGCUUAUCGUAUAAAAUUCAAGAUGUUUUCAGUUCACCAAAUGAGUUAGUACAAUGUCUAUGGGCAAGUGUCAAAGAAUGUGCGAAUAAAUCAGACAUUCGUCUUUCUUCAUUAGCAAGCUGUUCGAUUGAUGCGACAACGAAUGUGAUUAACAAUUUUGCUGACCUGUCGGAAUAUUGGUAUCCGUUGUUUAUCGAUUUUCUCAUGGCAGAUUCAGCGAUGGCUGAUGACAGUACUCGUUUUAUUCAGCAAAGUCGUUUGCACUUCUCUCGAAAUCCUGGCACUCUGAAACUAAUUGACGAUUUCGAGAAAAACCAUUCUUCUACCUUCGCACUCUCGUAUUACACACGCGAUGGUUUUAUCUACCGUGUUGUUAAUCGAGCACUUCGCCGGCAAACUAUUGAAGGUACGUUAGACCUUCGCUUUUUUCUUCGUAAAGUUCACAAAGAAUUGCAAUCUGCUUAUGCUUGGUUUGAAUCCUAUUACACCGUUGGAGAAUGGAUGACCUUCUUCCGCGGCCAACGCAUGUCCGCCGAUGAACUAAAUAAACUAAAGAAAAAAUAUCACGACGGCACGUUGAUUACGACAAACAGCUACUUUUCAACCAGUCUGGCCCGUGAAAUAGCUCUUGUGUUUGCUGGUGCACCAAGAACAGACGCCAUACCGAUCCUUUUUGAAAUUCGAGCACAAUUCAAAGAUCCACAAAUCCAACGAUUGAAACCAUUUGCAUAUAUUGGCCAAUUUAGUAACUACGGAGAUGGAGAAUCGGAAGUUCUCUUUUCUGUUGGUUCGUUUUUUAAAAUCGAUAAUAUUGUUUAUAAUGAGUCUGAAGGUGUCCACCUAGUCCAGAUGACAUUUAUUGACGAGAACGAAGACGAAAAGUUCGUAGUAAUCGAAGACUUUCGAGCAUUGCGAGCAUAUCCAUCUGAAAUCGCAUUGAUGAAAAUUGGUAAUUUACUUUCGUAUGAUCAAUCUCAAGGUUUAACUCAAGCAGCAACUUUUUACGAGACUAUAAUCAAUCGAAAUUUUUCACCAACUUUCACAGCUGCUUGCCUUACGGGACUUGGCUGGCUUGCCUUGAAAGAAAAGAAUGAGGAUCUAGCUAUCGAAAGGCAACAAAGAGCUUUGGCAUUUUAUGAUGGAUUAAAUGACGGAACUGACGGCAUAGCUUUCCUUCGUAUGACAAGUUACAACUGUAUCGGAUGCGCUUUAAGAAUAAAGAAAAAAUAUGAUGAAGCGCUUGAAUAUUUUAUGAAAGCCGAUGAACUACCGACGUCGAAAGUACCCAUCGAUAAGUACGACAUGUAUGAUUUGUAUAAAAACGUCGCAUCAGUGAAUAUUGCUUCAAUCUACAAAUUAACGAAUCAAAUCGAUCGUGCUUGGGAGACAUACAAAAAGAUCUUGGUAUAUCAAAUGAAAUCAUCCAGUCGUUUUCAUAGUCAUACAUUUCUGACCAUUGCUCAAGCUGGUCUCAGUGAAAAGUGUUUGGUACAGGGUAAAAGACAAUAUCAGCAGCAUUCUCAAACCUGGAAGGCAUUUCUCGACCAUAGUCUGACGGACAUGUCAUCGAGCUAUCGCCGAAGUAUUGUCUCAGGCAUUUUUGCGAUUGGUUUUGAGUUCGAAACAAACGAACAAACCCGAAUGAUGGCUAUCGAUUAUUUCAAAAAGAUUAUCAACAUUUCAUGUAGAUAUGUUAAUGUCAGUCGGGAUGAUUAUCGUAUUGUUUUAAGGUGUUAUUUGGAAUUAUCAGGUUUAUAUCUAAAAACUCGGAAAAAUUAUCAAGAGUCAAUCAAUCAAUGUAUUCAGGCGUUGGAACUUUGUCGAAACGAUGAUGUUGAGAACCUUUUCGAAUGCUACAAAUGUUUAGCCGAUACAUUUGAAGAACAAUAUUUAGAACAAAUGAAUGAGUUGACACCUGAUGAUAUUUGUACAAAAUUAUGUGAAUCGAUGUUCAAAAAUGAGUCGACGAAUAUGGAAAAGGAACGAUUAAAAUUCGUUUUCAAUCAGAAUGAAUUUGCUUUUGGUCGGUAUGAAACAGCACUGAACCGAGAUCUCUUUGACGAACAUGAUUGUAAACGUCAGUUUGUGUAUUGCUGUUUGAAAAUGGCAGCAUUAGCUGAACACCUUGCUUCUCGAGAAACGGCUCGUCAAUUCCUCAUGAAAGCCAAUUCACUUAUUGAAGAUAUUUCUGUCCAAGAAAUUUGUGCAGAUAACUUGGCGUAUUUAAAUAAUGAUUUCGAUCCGAUUAUUGCCAGAUAUCAAGACAAACUCAAAAAUCAACAGUCAUUCUGCGUUGAUGAGAGCAUCUUUUGUUAUAUCGGAUAUUUAUACGGAAAAAAGAACGAUCCUGUCGAAGAAGAACAAUGGUAUCGACGUGCAAUCGAACAUUUCAAACAGAAUAAACACAUCUGCAAACAUACAGUACCAUGUUUUACCGCAGUUGCUCAAUUUUACACAAAAGCAGAGAAUUUCCUCUCGGUUGUUCGUAUUUAUGAUGAUUUGAUCCAGCAUUUGGUUGCAUACAGUCCUUCGUCAUUUCUUCGUACAUCAAUUUUCCCUGUUGUACGAGCACUCAUUGAACAUUUCGUUGAUCGCACCGAAUGGAAGAUGGUUAUCAUACUUUUCGAGCAUUUGGUUCAAACAAUGCUUAAAGAACACGAUGAUCAUCUUGGUGUCGAUAAAGAAUUCCAAAAGAUUCUUGAAAUUUGUAAGAAUCUCGAUAAUUCAAUCGUGAUUGAAACGUAUUCAUCCUAUCUAGAAAUCAUGUUGCGGUAUCGAUGCGUAUCACAUCAUCCUUAUCUAUCUGCGAUUGAGCCAGCCUUCCGUCAUGCCUUGAGUAUCUAUAAAGCAUGUAAUAACACACGACGAUUAUUAUGUACCUACCAAAAUUUUCUGGAAUUGAUUAUCAGUACUACGACAAACUUUACCACAUUCUUAAAUGCCUUUCAACGUCUGGCUCUUGAUUUAGAAGCGUCUCAACUCGUAAAUGAAGCUCUCGGCAUGCAUAUGCGAUUCGCUCGAUUUAUUUUGACGUGCGAUACGAAAGAAACGAUACUGAAAGCUGGUUUCAUCAUUGUACGAUAUCGAUUGCUUACAAAAAACGGAGCUCAGUUCAAUAUUCAUUAUCAGCAGACAAUAAUACAACUGAUGAAGUAUUAUCGGAACAUAGUCGAACCACAGUUUAUUAUUGACGAUUAUCUAAAGACGGCAAAGAGUUAUCUGAAAUGUGACGGUUCUGCUACUAGCAUCUAUGCCAGCAUGCUGGAAUUCUUCAUUUAUUAUCGACCAGAACAUUAUAUUCAACACUACGAAGCAACUAUCAAUGAUUUGAAAGGACGACCAGCGGAACUGAUCGCUUUUGUCAGUACAAAGCGAGUAAAGUAUACAUCACUUAUAGAGAAUUUGUUGGAAUUGUUGAAGCAACUUGAUACGGGGAAUGAGACAUCGUCUUCAGCCGAUCAAAUGUCACCAAAAUCAAAUUUUGAAGAUGACGCUCGACUGUGGCUAGAACAGAAAACUCAAGUAGAUACCAAAAUUCCUUAUGAGAAAUGCCUGCAAUAUAUUCUUGAUUUGCAUUCAAUCGAUGACGAAUACUUAGCUAUUGCCUAUCUACAAAUGGGAGAUAAGACCAAUGCAGUUGCUGUGUUCAGUAAAUCUAUAUAUGGAGAACCAGCGCGUAGAUACAACGCCAAUGCUUGUCGAAGAUACCUAAACUAUGUAUAUAAUGAAACCUUAAAUGAUCAAGAACGUAUGGGAUUUGAACGUGACUAUGCCAAACAUUUUGUUCUGGGAACUGACUCUACGGAUGACCAUUACUCGUAUGAACUUCUUCCACUUGAAAAAUGUUGA